AUGUUCUCUUUUCUUGACAUGUUGCUCUUCAGGACCCCAAGAGAGAAGACUGGUUCUGUCUUCACAAAAGACUUCUCUACGACAUCUUGUCUGGAGAUGAGUAUGGAAAGUAUCCAAAAAGAAAUUUUCCCCGGGGAAAACUUUACAAUUUCCUCGAAAUUGGACAAGAUUAAUAGCAGUGGUGUGGAUGUCGAGUAUGACUUUAUUCGUCCUGCUAAUGAGGUUCGGUAUUUCCCAGCACUUCCUACUGGUUUCAAAAUAGAUCAUGACCCAAUUGAAACCUAUCGCAAAACAUGGAGAGAACAGGCCCAGGAAGUAUUGUGUGAUCGUGACUCAGAUUACUCUCGCUAUCGUCUUGAUCCAUUUUUUGAUUCCAUUAUUGUCAAUUUUGCAGAGCUCAAAGGGACCCACUUCGCCUAUAUGAAUCAUCUAAAAAAGUUGAAUUCAUCUAGGUAUAUCAUUGAGACUGAGCAACCGAAGAUCUUAGUUCAAUGUCUCACGAGAUUCAUAAAGGCCUUCAAAAAAGCAAAUGAUCAGCUUGAGGAGGAGAUCGUUGCUGUAAAUUUCUUAAAUAUAGGGAAACGUCUUCAAACAUAUCUGUAUCGUAUUGCAUUUCAUCAUGAGCGGUGGUGUAGCCAAACGAUGUGGUAUUACAAGACUUACUUGCAGCAGGUUUGGGUUAUCCUUUCCGUUGAUAAAUACCUUGUACGUUGCAAUUUUUACAUGGACAUUUCUCCGUUCGUAGUUGCAUCUGUGAUCUGUGUUGGUGUGUGUGCCUUAUGGACCUCUGAAUUGGGCCAAAAGUUUUCACGCAUUCUUCCUUUACCUGCCACUGUGGCAUUUACUGCCUUGAUGUGCAUGGGUUUCACUAUUCUCAUCAACAUGACUCUACUCAAAUUGAAGCUGGCGCUUACCAACCACUACAUCAACGAGGGGAUCCAACAUUUGGGCAAUUCUCUGGUUCGUCAUGCAAUUGAAUUCUGGGACACUUCUACUCUUGGCAAGAUCCCGAUGGAGACUGCUUUUAUGCUCGAUCUGGCCAAACAGGAGUCACUUGACAAGACAAGCCGGCUGUAG